AUGCCUUACGAAAUGGUAAUGGCGAUGGAUUUACCGUUUAUGUUGAUGAUACCAGUGUCGGGAAGUGGGUCGGAAGAUAUAUUAAAUGUGCCGCCGGCAAGCUUAACUUUGCCUUCACGAGUUGCGGAGACAUAUUAUGAGUUGGAGGUCAGCGUGAGGCAGGGCCAUACGGAGUUGACAAAACAUAAAUUUCCGGUGCCCAUAACAAGAUACGACACUUUAUCUUCGUUUGGGAUGUAUAAUAGGCCAGAAACACAAGAACGUGUAUCAGAUCACCUUGUAACGUUGUGUAUGGUCCUGGAGCGAUGGUCUUUUGGCCCGAAUGAUCCUGUGGAGGUUUCGGUACGACUGACGCCAAACCCGGAUUGGAUUGUCAAGGCAAGGAAGGUAUCGAUAUCAAAAAUUGUGGUAGCGAUUGAGGAACACAUCACAUAUAAUCCGCAGGGCGAUGAGCCAUCGACAAAAAUUAAACAGCUCACCAGCAAGAAGGAGGUUGUGGGGCAAAAACUACCGGAAACUGGGUACGAAACCAGGAUUAACAUCAAAUUUCCAGCAAAGGAGUUGAGGGAUAGUGAUGGGUACCUCCCACCAGGGAAGCCGGCAUUUCCUUUGUAUGAAGUUAGCGGUUUCACUACGUCGGCAACAUUAUACAAAAUUGAUUAUUUCCUAACAGUUAAGGCCCAUAUGUCUAGCUGCAGGGAUAUCACACUACGCCAAAAGAUCGUAGUCUCUCCAUUUGACUACAAAACCUGUCACGACGAACUGCCGGCAAUUCAAGAAGCAGCACAAGUGGCGUACCGCAUGGGUCAAGAAGGGCCGCGGCUCCCUGCACCGGUCAUUAUAUAUCCAAGUGAUACAGCAAUGCUGAGACGUGUGAACAUGACGAAAGUUGGGAAUGAGCGCAAGUUGAUCAUUCAGUGA